GACGGCUGUGAGCCAAGAGCCGCGGAGCACGCCGGGAGAAACAGACCGCAUCCUGACGCCCGUGCGCCUGCGCGGGGCCCCGGCGCCUGCGCACUGGCGCCCAUCCGCACCUGGGGCCUGACGUCAGCAGGAUGGGGCCGCCCCUUUAGCCUGAUCUCCAGGAGCCGCCCCCUCCAGGGACGUCAUCACAAACCAGGAACCCGCUUCUGUGUGACGUCAUAAAGCCCUUUCCGCAUCAUGACGCCACAGUGCGCGUAGUCCCGCCCCCUCGCUUUCUCCCUCGGCUCCUCCGUCCGCUCCCGUCGGGCGGGGACAUUGCAAUGAGGCGGGAUCGCGGCCCUAAGCCGGCCCUGGGUGGAGCUGGCGAGGUGGAACCGGGUGGGAUGGCAGCCUCUCCCAAGGGCCGUCCCAGACGGCUCCAACGCUACCUCCAGAGCGGCGAAUUCGACCAGUUUCGGGACUUCCCCAUCUUUGAGAGCAACUUCGUGCAGGUGACUCGGUUGGGAGAAGUUGCCAACGAGGUCACCAUGGGGGUGGCAGCCUCCAGUCCAGCCCUGGAGCUCCCGGACCUAUUGCUUCUGGCCGGCCCUGCCAAGGAGAACGGACACCUGCAACUCUUCGGGCUGUUCCCCUUGAAGUUCGUCCAGCUCUUUGUCCACGACAAAAGCCGGUGUCAACUCAAGGUCAAGUUGAACACCAGCCGCACCUUCUACUUGCAGCUGCGCGCCCCACUCAAAACCCAAGACCGAGAGUUCGGCCAGUGGGUGCGGCUGCUCUACCGCCUGCACUUCCUCUCCGCUUCCACCGUGCCCUUCACGCAGGAGUAAGAGCCCCAAGGUGUGGAAGCCAGACUUGACCCCAGGACCUCUGAACUCUGGGGACGCUGAGUCUUCCAGCAUCCUUCAAGGUCACCGAAUGACCAGAGAUCAAAGUACCUUGCCUCAGGGACGGGCAGAUGAGAUAUUAAAGUUAAUAAAGGUCAAUCUGUUAAGAACCAA